ACCAAACCGGCAAACCCACACAAAUCCUCUCCUCCUCCUCGAGCAGCCCAGUCAAUCACUGCAUCUCGUCUUCCCUCUCGAAGAAAUAGCUUCCGGACCCUCCAGCGCGCGAAGAGGUGAACAGCGAUCCCUGGGAGCAUAGCAACAAUGGCAGCGAAGCGGCUCCACGACGGGUACGAGCACGACGGCGACCAGCCCGACGACAAGCGGAUGCGCCGCCUGCCGUCCUUCUCCACGGUGAUCCGGGAGGCCAUGAUGCAGAGGCACAUGACGAACCUGUUCAGGUUUCUCGAGCCCCUCUUCCGCCGCGUGGUGCAGGAGGAGAUCCAGGCGGGGCUGAUGCAGAGCCCGCGCUACAUCGAGAGGUCGCCGGCGACGCCGCCCGCCGAGCGCCCGGCGUGGAAGCUGGCGUUCCGGACCCCGCCGCAGCUCCCGAUCUUCACGGGCAGCAAGAUUGAGGACGCCAGCGGCGCCCCGCUGGAGAUCGUCCUCGUGGACGCGGACACCGGCUCCCCGGCCGCGCUCCCGCAGGCGCUGCGCGUCGAGCUGGUCCCGCUCUUCGGUGACUUCCCGCCCGACGGCCGCGAGGACUGGGCCCCCGAGGAGUUCCAGAAGGGGGUCGUGAAGGAGCGCGAGGGCAAGCGCCCGCUGCUCACCGGCGAUGUCGGCCUCACCGUGCGGGAGGGCCGCGCCACGGUGAGCGACCUCCAGUUCACGGACAACUCGUCCUGGGUCCGCUGCCGCAAGUUCCGCAUCGGCGUCCGCGUCGUGCCCGGCAGCUACGACGGCGCCAGGAUCCAGGAGGCCAUGACCGAGGCCUUCGUCGUCAGGGACCACCGCGGCGAGCUCUACCGCAAGCACUACCCUCCCGUCCUCGGCGACGACGUCUGGAGGCUCGAGAAGAUCGGGAAGGAAGGCGCGUUCCACCGGAAGCUGAGGCACAACAACGUGGUCACCGUGCAGGAGUUCGUCAGGAUGCUCAUGGUGAAGCCCGACGAGCUGCGCGCGAUUCUGGGCGAGGGCAUGACCGACCGCAUGUGGGAGGCGACGACGAACCACGCCAGGACCUGCGAACCCGACGACAAGGUCUACGUCUACGCCGCGCCGCACGGCACCAUCUACGUGAACUCCGUCUUCAAGCUCGUGAGGGUCGAGAUCGGCGGCGUGGAGUGGCCGCUGCAGCAGCUGAGGGGCCAUACGCAGAUGAUUGUGGAGCAGCUGAUGCUGGAGGCGUACGAGCAGCGCCACAGCCUACAGGAGGCCCAAGCCUUCAUGCUCCAUGGCCACGCCGCCAACAACGUUCCACUGCUGCAGAAUGCAGCGCACGUCGCUGUGCCGGCGCCUGCGGAGACACCGCUCUGGUACCCGAACGCCCCGGAGAUCGAGUUCCCGGCCCCGGUCGUCGACAACGUGGUCUCCAUUCCCCAAGCCAACAGCUUCGGCUACCAGUGGCCUGGCCAAGUGUUCCACAUGCCAGGUUAAGAAUUGCACUGGGAAAAGGCCCCCAAAGAUUGAGAUCUUCAGCAAGUAACUCGAGUGAAGAUCACUUGCAAGGUUCCAAGCUUCCAGCUCUAGGAUGUACAUUAACCAAUACUACUACGCAUGUCUGUCUCUGUCUAUCCACGAAAGUGUGUGGUCGGUCUGCUGUGUAUUGCCAAGUAACGGCAGGGUUUAAGGGUAGGUGAACUUGAGCGGCCCUUCCACUGCGUCGCUGAGCAUGCGCCCGGGCAUCCGCCGCGAGCAGCGAGAAGAGGCGACCAAGUGCAAAAAUUCUUUGGUUUAAUUCGUAUCCUUUGUUGUAAUUUUUCUAAGUUUUUCGUUCUGCCUGGUGGUCAAGUAGCGCUCUGCUUUGCCGUGUUUGCUCUCAAAGAGCUGCAUGUAAAUGUAAUGGAAGGGCAGCGAUUCUUGGGCAGGAGGACGAGUGUGGUCUGCCUGCAAGGGCUGUAGAAGUUGUUGUGUAAACAGACAGUGCUGCUCUUUUUUUUCUUUAACAUUUUCACAAGUUUUUGUGUCCUGUAAACAUCAAGGUCGUGAUUAAUAAAGGAAGGAAGCUGCCUUUUUGUACAGAAA